AUGUCAACGACCGAAGAAACGAAAGCGACGAAGCUCGAAUCAGCGGGAGAUUCGUCCGAUGUAGACAACGGAAACUGUAGCAGUAGCGGAAGCGGAGGCGAUACGAAGAAGACAUGCGUUGAUUGCGGAACUAGCCGGACCCCACUUUGGCGCGGUGGCCCAGCUGGUCCUAAAUCAUUGUGCAAUGCGUGUGGGAUCAAGAGCAGGAAGAAGAGGCAAGCAGCUCUUGGACCUAGACAAGAAGAGAAAAAGAUCAAGAACAAAACUAAUAACGAUCUAGCUCUGGAGAGUGUGAAGAUCGGAAGAGAGGAUCCAGAAAAUGUCAAGAACAGGAUCAAGACAACAGAUCCUGAGGAGGAUGACAAGAACAGUAGCGGUAACAAGAAGGAUGUGAAAAGGGUUAGUAGAUUUUUGGAUUUCGGGUUUAAAGUUCCGGCGAUGAAGAGAUCUUCGGUGGAGAAGAAGAGGCUAUGGAAGAAACUUGGGGAAGAGGAACGAGCCGCGGUACUCCUUAUGACUCUUUCUUGUGGUUGA